CCCCCGCCCACCCCGCUGAACCAUCUGGCGGCCCUGCGAAGCCACGGCUUCAGUUGGUAUCUUCCAUAUCCCAAACCCAAGAUGAGCUCCUCCACCUACUAUCGCAACCUGUCGCCAAGCGGAGGACGUCACCACGUGGCUGGCCCCCGUGCGUCUACCGGCAUGGUGCAGCUCGGCUCUUCCCACGAUCCCUAUGACGUCUCACGGAGCCGCUAUGACUAUGACGAUUAUUACUAUCCCUCUGAUGUCGGACAUUCAACCUCUCAUAGACACCAGCCACACCAUCGGUCGACAUCGAGGAUCGAGGCUCAACCGGUCUCUUCUCAAAAGUUCCGUGAUCCUAGUCAGCCGACCAAGAAGCGUACGGAGUAUGCACUCCAGCCUCAGCCCCAGUCCAGACACAGAAGCCACACGGCGUCUACAGCUGAUUUUUACGAUACUCCUGUGCGAUUAUCUGUACCAUCUUCAUCUUCAAGCCAUCUUCGUCCGGCGACCAGCUCGGGUCGAGGUCGCUCACCGAGUCCUCUUCCCUCCAGUUCCGGCCAGUAUCUGGUUCCACAUUCUUCUCAUAAUUCUCACCAUGGCCAUCGUCGAGUGUAUAGCACGGACUAUGCGAGCGACACUGGUCAUUUGGACCCGCGUGAUAGUACCAAGCGUCACUCUCCUCAGCAUACAUAUCGUCCUCAUACUUCGAGUGGGCGUCGUCGACACCCAGCCUAUGAUGGACUGAAGAAGGGCGAUGAUAUUGACUCCUACGAUGCCUACUCGUACACCAAUGCGCGGGAGCAGUUCGACAGAGACUAUCCUGUCAAGCCGCGUCACCCUACAUCCAGAUCCUCCGUAGGUCGUCCUCUCAGCAUGAACGUGAUGGAUGAGCAUCCCCAGUCGCUGCGAAAAGAACGAGCUGAACGACCUCACGGACCCCCUCCAACAUCUUGGGGCCUGGACAAGAUUGAUCAUGAGGGCCGGCGUUCAUCCAGGAACCUCGAAAGCCACCGAGAUACCUCGAGAACCAGGGACACAUCCAGGACGAGGGAUACGUCCAGAGCAAGAGGCGGCCACGACCGUGCCCUAGUCGCCCUACCUCAUGAGUCCGAGGAUGGCUACGAAUCAUACAACGAUGGUCGCCGUCGACGUCACCGCAGACACCGACACGAGAGUGACAAACACGGUGAUGAUCGAUCUCCGCGGCCACACAAUAGCCCUGGCGAACAGACCCUAGCAGCAGGACUUGGAACAGCUGCCUUGGGUGCUGGUUACUCUGAAAUGUCAGACUACGACCAUCGUGCUUCGAAACAUCGUCACGGCCACCACUAUGAUCUUGACCGCGAGUACGAUUCAGCCCAGCCUGCGCCUCGAGAUCUUCAUGACACCUCCCCUGGUGCCGAAAAGAAGCAACUCUACUUGGAACCGGGCAGUGCCACCCGUCCUCAUCGUCGGUCACGGGCACGCUCCCGGGGACGAGACAGCGGCUCGGAUACCUACACAGAUGACGAGGACCUUCGUAAGUACCGGCGUGAGCCCUCUGCGACGGAUCAUCGCAGCAGACAUAGUAGCACAGACACCAGCAGCGCCGAGGACCGCUCCUCUAGACAUCACCGCGACCACUCGCGUCAUCGGUCGUCACGUUCACAAAGAAGACUAGAGGAUGGCCAGACGAAUGGCUCGCGUCACUCCCCUUCAAUUGACAGCAAGGAGGAUGUCAGGAAGGUCAUCACUGUUGAGCCGCCCACAAAAGAACCCGAGGCCGCGCCCAAGGGUAUCCUCAAGCCUCCUCGCCCGAGAUUCCCUGAAGAACCCAAUCCAGUACGAGAAGGAGUUGCUCCUCUCAAGGAUGCCCAUAAGCAGGGUAUUCCAACGGGAGCACGUUGGACUAAGAUCGACCGCAGACUAGUCAACCCAGAGGCAUUGGAGGCAGGAAACGAGCGAUUUGAGGAGCGGUCGGACUAUGUCAUUGUGUUGAGGGUUCUGUCCAAGGAGGAGAUUCAGGCCUAUGCUGUAAAGACACAGGAGAUCCGAGACGCUCGCCACAAGGAGUACAUUGACGACAAGCGCCGCCGCAUGGAAGAGAACCAACGUCACGGCCGCCGCGGUGAAGAAACCUCAAGCGACGACGAAGACGAAGGCCCCGAGCAAUUGAAACUCGAGGCACCGCCCAUUGCAGAACUUGAAGCACCACGUCUUCCAACCCGCCCUCGAGAGUCCACCAACUCACCAGAAUCCGACCGUGCAAAGGUGGCACCUACAGCUGCGCCGGCGCACGCGUAG